ACAGGCGCACACACAUACACACAGAGCCAUGGCCGAAAACGCCGGCUUGGAAAACCAUCGCAUUAAGAGCUUCAAAAACAAGGGGCGAGAUGUGGAGACGAUGCGAAGACAUCGUAAUGAAGUGACAGUAGAACUGAGAAAGAACAAAAGAGACGAGCAUCUCCUGAAGAAAAGAAAUGUUCCACAAGAAGAGAGUCUGGAGGACUCUGACGUGGACUCUGACUUUAAAGGGCAAAAUGUAACGCUAGAUGCCAUCUUACAGAACGCCACCAGUGACAAUGCAGUGGUGCAGCUCAGUGCAGUGCAAGCAGCCAGAAAAUUGCUCUCAAGUGACAGAAAUCCCCCUAUAGACGACUUGAUAAAAUGUGGAAUCCUUCCAAUCCUAGUCAAAUGCCUGGAGAGGGAUGACAAUCCUUCAUUGCAGUUUGAAGCUGCCUGGGCUUUGACUAACAUUGCAUCAGGGACGUCUGCACAGACACAGGCAGUGGUCAAAUCCAAUGCUGUCCCAUUGUUUUUGAGACUUCUGCACUCUCCUCAUCAGAAUGUGUGUGAGCAGGCCGUGUGGGCGCUGGGAAACAUCAUUGGUGAUGGACCUCAGUGUAGAGAUUACGUCAUCUCGCUCGGUGUGGUCAAACCUCUCUUGUCGUUUAUUAAUCCUUCCAUCCCCAUAACCUUCUUGAGAAACGUCACCUGGGUCAUUGUCAACCUGUGCCGAAACAAAGACCCUCCACCACCCAUGGAAACAGUACAAGAGAUUCUUCCUGCCCUCUGUGUACUCAUAUAUCAUACAGAUAUAAAUAUUCUGGUAGACACAGUGUGGGCUCUGUCGUAUCUGACAGAUGGAGGUAACGAGCAGAUUCAGAUGGUAAUAGACUCAGGUGUUGUCCCGUACCUUGUCCCACUGCUCAGCCACCAAGAGGUCAAAGUUCAGACUGCAGCGCUGAGAGCGGUGGGGAACAUUGUAACCGGGACAGACGAGCAGACUCAGGUGGUGCUCAACUGUGAUGUUCUUACUCACUUUUCCACCCUGCUCACACACCCCAAAGAGAAAAUCAACAAGGAGGCGGUGUGGUUCCUGUCUAAUAUAACAGCAGGAAACCAGCAGCAGGUGCAGGCUGUAAUAGAUGCUGGUCUCAUACCCAUGAUCAUUCACCAGCUUGCCAAGGGUGAUUUUGGGACACAGAAGGAGGCUGCAUGGGCCAUCAGCAACUUGACAAUAAGUGGAAGAAAGGAUCAGGUGGAGUACUUGGUGCAACAAAACGUGAUCCCACCCUUCUGCAACCUGCUCUCGGUGAAAGAUUCUCAGGUGGUCCAGGUGGUCCUCGACGGACUGAAAAACAUCCUUAUCAUGGCCGGGGAGGAAGCCAGCACAAUUGCUGAGAUCAUUGAAGAGUGUGGAGGAUUGGAAAAAAUCGAGAACCUCCAGCAGCAUGAAAACGAGGACAUCUAUAAACUUGCAUUUGAAAUCAUUGAUCAGUACUUUUCAGGAGAUGAUAUUGAUGAAGACCCAAGUCUGAUUCCCGAGGCCACCCAAGGAGGCACAUUCAACUUCGAUUCCUCCAACCUACAAGCCAAGGAGUUUAAGUUCUAGACAACAUCUGGAGCGUCGAACUUAGGAUUGGUGGGUUUCCCAGCUGCUCCUCAACACCCUGCCACCUACUGACCCAUCACCUACCAACCACUCACUAACCAGACAAAACCAACCAGUCACCGUGCUCAGAAACAAUACUCUCACUCACUCACACAGAAAAGAAAUCGCACUGAAGGAUCCGAGUACCCGCCUCGACGCCACUCAAAACACGGAUGGAUCUAAAAAAUAAAACUCAAAAGAACAAGACUCAUUACACUGCAGUUGCC